GGGAAGUUCCCACCGUCACGCGUCAGUCUGUCUGCUUGGACGACCAGUAAGGUUGUAAGACGCAGAACCCAAGCUACUACCAACAACACUACGGUCUUUGGAAUAUACAUGUGUUGCAUCACACGCUUUUUUCGCGUCCCUCUCGCGCUUGAUGUCGGAUCUGCGCUGGGCCUGAUACGCCAUUCCAUUGGCCAAGCUGCAGACAUACUGCAUGCAUCCUGUCAGACGGGUCAGGAAAAGCUGCCCGCUUCAACAACAACGGAUGCUGUCCAGUCGGCCUGAUCUUCUCCUUGCCACGCUCAGUGCCGUGGGCGUCGCGGGUCUGCUUUCUGUCCUUGCUCGUGCACUUCGGGUUUCGCGCCGUCGAGGGUUGCCCGCACCUCCACCGGGCCCGCGCGGGAUACCACUUCUCGGCAAUCUGCUCGACGUGUCGCCGGUCGAGCCAUGGCUGCGAUUCACCGAGAUGGGAGACAAGUACGGCGACAUCACGUCGCUCCGGAUCCUCAAUCGCACCCUCAUCCUCGUACACUCCGCCUCCGCAGCCGACGCCCUCCUGUCCGCGCCCGCAUUCGCCCCGCUGACCGCCGACCGCCCCGCGUUCCCGUUCGCCGGCGCGCUCUGCGGGUUCGACGACGCGCUCGUGCUCGUCCCGUACGGCGCGCGCGUCCGCCGCGAGCGCAAGAUGAUGCACCGCAUGUUCGGCACACCCGCCGCCGUGGCGCAAUGGCGCCCGGCCGUGCAGGCGGAGAUCGCGCGGCUGCUGCGUGCGCUGGUGCGUGAUCCGGGCCGGUAUGUGAGCGAAGUCGGCGCGACCGCGGGUGGUAUCAGUAUGCGGAUCGCGUAUGGGCAUGAGCUGCGGCGGGGCGGGGACGCGCUGUUUGAUGCGCUGCAUGUCACGGCGACGAGUUUCGUAGAUGCCACCAUGCCGGGCGCGUGGAUGGUUGAUGUGUUUCCGAUCCUGAGAUACUGGCCAUCCUGGCUGCCCGGAGGUGGGUUUCAUGGUGCCGCUGCGGCGAUCAGGCAGCAGGUCAGCGAUACGGUGGACUUGGUUUUCAGCCAUGCGAAAGAGAAGAUCGCAAACGGCAGCGCCCAGACGUCAUUCCUCUCUACAUUCCUCGAAGAGGGCGGCCACACCGACUAUUCGCUCAAAUGGGCCGCCGCUGUCAUCCAUGUCGGGGCGAGCGACACAACAGCCGCGCAACUCGAGGGCUUCUUCCUCGCGAUGAGUCUGUAUCCCGAAUGUCAAGCCAGAGCUCAGGCCGAGAUCGACGAAGUCGUUGGCCGCGGCAGGUUGCCUACGAUGGAUGACCGCGAGCAGCUCCCGUAUACGAAUGCCUUGUGUAAAGAGGUUUUGAGGUGGUUCGUUUCUGGUCCGACAGGUCUGCCCCACACAGUCAAGGAGGAAUUCGUUUUCUCUCUCCACGAUGGCCCGCCGAUGUUGAUUCCCAAGGGCGUAGCGAUCAUUCCGAACGUUUGGGCAAUGCAUUACGAUCCACGUCUAUACGAAAACCCAAUGGAAUUCGAUCCCGCGCGGUAUCUGGGUGAAGCCGGGCGCAAGGUCGAGGAAGACCCCGCAGGAAGCAUCUCAUUCGGAUAUGGACGACGGAUGUGUCCAGGCCGAUUUCUCGCCGACUCGACCAUAUUCCUAGCAUGCAGCGCCCUUCUGUCCGUGUUCCAGAUAAAGGCCGGCGGCGACUCGAAACCGGUCAAACGCCAGAGUAGCCAGAGCGUGAGCCACCCGCUGCCUUUCGAGUGCUCGAUUACUUUGAGGGACAUCCACUCGGAUGGAUUAAUCCCGCUUGAAGAACCCAGUUCAUAGAAGAUGAGGAUAGGCUACGAUGAUCAGUGUCAUGGAUCUCGUGUGGAUUAGAUGACGGAAGGCUGUCGCUUAUAAACCCUCGCUUGCACAUCAGGUUCGAGGACUAUGACCGAAAGCCUGCUGCCUCGAGCAUCCUUUGAGCGAAGAAGUCGAAACCUGCAGACUGUCAACCAUCUCAUUCUUACGCAGUUGCUUUUGGGCAGUCGGGAAAAUCAACCGGCACGUGAUCGUGGCCCCACUCUCACUGCAAAAUAUGUAGAAAGAAUCGGAAUUGAGAAUGCUGCAGUUGAAUCUUCUGUUUGUGAUCGCUUUGCAUGGUUCCCUACACACUCUCUGCGGAAGACUUCGAUCUUGCGAGGGGAGUGCUACAUGCUUCUUGGCGUCUACAUCUUGAUCCACAUGCGUUGCAGGUUGCAAUGCCC